GAAAAUGAAAGUAAAAUUCUUCAAUUGAACAAUACAUUUAAGAGCAACGGGGAUUGGGCAUAUAAUCUGUCUAACACAAGAAUACACGAUCAUCUUGAUUGACAGAUGGACCGGUCCAGCCCGGCAGCAGUAAUUGGAAACAACAGUCUGGAGAACUGGAAAGUGAUUGGUGCAGGAGGGUUUGGACAAGUCCACAAAGCCAGACAUGUGAACUGGGGAUAUGAUGUGGCCAUCAAGUUGCUAAAAUGUGAUGAUGGCUCUAGCGCUUCCCUGCAUAAUGAGGCAGAAAUGAUGAGCAAGGGUGCAAGCCUCCAUGUGAUAARGAUUCUUGGAGUGUACAAGGAUUGUCCCCCCACUUGCGGCCCUUCCAUUCAGCUGGGUCUUGUGAUGGAGUUCAUGGAGAGGGGGACACUGGAAUCCCUCCUGGACACCCUCUCUCUCCAUCCACCUUGGCCCCACCCCCUUGCCUAUCGCUUGGCCCACCAGAUCGCUCUGGGGAUGAACUUCCUCCAUUGCCUCACCCCACCCCUUCUGCAUCAAGACCUAAAGCCCAAUAAUGUGCUGCUGGAUGACWGCCUUAAUGCCAAGCUUGCAGAUUUUGGCCUGGCCAAGGUGUCCCACAGUGUUAACAAGAUGAGCAAAGAGUUCCCUGUGAAGGCUGGGGGGACAUCUAGUUACAUGCCCCCUGAGGCUUUGGAAAAUGUGUCAUACAAACCCGUUCGUGCCUUUGACAUCUACAGCUAUGGUAUACUUCUGUGGUCCAUCAUCACUGGUCAGUCGAAGCCAUAUCCUAAUGUACAUGCCAGAGAUUCAGCAGGUUCUGUUUUCUCAUCAAAAAGACAGAGAGGACAAAGGCCUUCCCUGGAGGCAGUGGACAAAGGCAGGUUGAGGGCUGGGACCUGGUGA